GAAUUCGCACGCAUGGUUUGGUGCAUAAUGUGGGAGUCGGGGAUGCCUUCCGCGUCCACCACGCACGUCGCACGAGUGUAUGCAUCAUUGACAAACAACUUUUUUUCCAAGCAGACCGUGCGUGAAUCAGCACUGCAGCUUUGAGCCCUCCUGCCAAGCAGCUAGAGCAGGCUAAGCGGGCUGCAAAGUGGGUACUACUUAUUUAAAUUCCCUCGCAGACCGCCCUCGAACCUCUCCAGCUCCUGUGGCCUGGGAGAAACCUUGCAAUGUAUGUUUUGCAGGUGGCAGGAGAGUACAUCUUUCUGUGGGAAGGUUCCCGGACGGCGGCCGACCAGCUCACGCCUAUGCACACUGCACAGCGCCCAGGAGCACCAGUACUUAUAUCUCCCAUGGCCCACAUAACCCAAUUCCACCCUUACGCACCUCAUUCACCUGGCCAACAAUGACGCACGCGCUCUUCACGCCCAUCCAAGUGGGACGCAUGAACCUCAAUCACCGUAUUGUCCUCGCCCCCCUCACCCGUUUUCGCGCCUACUCCACCCACGUACCAGGGCCCCACGCAGCCACCUACUAUGCCCAACGUGCAUCUGUCCCUGGAACCCUCCUUGUCUCCGAGGCUACCUACAUCUCUCAGGCUGCUGGCGGGAUGGACUUCGUCCCAGGCAUCUAUACACAGGAACAGGUAGAAGGAUGGAAAAAGGUCACUGAUGCCGUGCAUGAGAAGGGUAGCUUUAUAUUUUGCCAGCUGUGGGCACUCGGGAGGGCAGCAUUUCCCGAAGUGCUCUCCAAGGAGAAUAACUCCCCGUUUGUAUCUGCCUCCCCUAUCCCACUCUCCACCAACCCUACAGCUGUCCCGCACGCCCUCACAGAGUCGGAGAUAAAGACAUACAUCGAAAAUUAUGUUACCGCCGCCAGGAACGCCAUCGCAGCAGGCUUCGAUGGUGUUGAAGUUCAUGGUGCAAACGGAUACCUCAUUGACCAGUUCUUGCAAGAGGUGAGUAACACUCGUGAGGACCAUUGGGGUGGGAGUAUCGAGAAGAGAGCAAAAUUUGCAAUUGAGGUCGUGGAUGCAGUUGUGAAAGAGGUCGGCGCUGAGAGGGUCAGCAUUAGAUUGAGCCCAUGGAGUCCCUUUCAAGACAUGGGAUCUUCCGAUCCCCUACCACAAUUCUCCUACCUCGUCCACGAACUCCGAAAACACAACCUCGCUUACCUCCAUGUCACUGAGCCACGCGUCGGCGGCAACAUCGAUGUGGACGCACCGCCGCAGAGUAGCAAUGAUUUACUCCGUCAAAUUUGGUGCCGGGAUGAAAAGAACACCGUGUUUAUCAGUGCAGGUGGAUACACACGACAGACAGCGAUCGAGACCGUGCAGGACAAGGGUGGCAUGGUGGCGUUUGGCAGGUUGUACAUUCCGAAUCCUGACCUCCCCAUCCGACUUAUGCACGACCUCCCGCUUGCCAAGCCCGACCGCGCAGUAUUCUACCUUCCCGGCGACCACACUGGGAAAGGAUACAUCGAUUUUCCAGCGGCAGAUGUAGAGACAGAAAGUAAGUUGUGAAGGGGUUUUAGUAUCAC